UUUGACCCAAAGCUGACAGAGGAAGACUUGGAAGUGGCAAUGCAUGACAUCAGAGGAAGAAACAGAGGAGUAGCAUUAGAAGAAUCAAACGACGAGCUAAGGGAGGAAGACUUUGUAACUCCAACUUUUGGAGAUUGGCACAAGAAAACCACCCAAGAGCGACAAAAAGAAGAAGCACAAAGUCAGAAGAGAAUGAAGGACAUAAUAGACUUGUUGGAAGAAGCAACCACUCAGACAAGUCUCUCACAAGAAGAAAACCAGAAAACUCAAGACUUGUUGAAGAAGUUGACCAAAGAGAAUGAAAACCUAGCAAGGUAGGAUGAUAGAUAUUAGGAGAUGUUGGACAAAGCCUUUGAGGAAGACAAUAUAGCAACAAGGAAGAUACAGAUCUUGCAGAACAAAUUGUUGAAGAAGUGGAAAGUUUUUACAACCAUUGAGAAGGAAAAAAAGAACUUGGAGGACGUCAUUGAGCAGCAGAGAGAAAUUAUACACAAUCUGGAAAAUGAAUUGCUGGAAAUGGAAAGAAAGCUACUAGAGAAGGAUAUGUUGGAUUCUCAAGAGGAUUUACGGAAAGUUGAUAUAGAAAAUAGUAACAGUGAUGGUGAGGAUGGUGAGGAAGAGGGUGGAGAAGGAGUUGAUGGUGGAGAUGAUGACGAAGACAAAGAAGAAGAACCUGAAGUGAGAACAACUAGAAAGAAGCACACAACAGCAAGAAAAGAUAAAAGAGGCAGGUCUUCUCAAAAACAGGAAGCAAAGAAACAAUCAAGGAGAAGGAAAAGGGUGAAAAAAGUUGCUGCUGAAGAAGAACUUGAAGAAGAAGCUGCUGAUAAACAAGAAGAACCUGAAGAAGAACAAAUUAAAAAGAUGAAGAAAGGGAAGAAGGAAGCUGUAAAGAGAAAUCCAAUGGUGGAUCGAAUCAAGAACAAAAAAAGGAAGGCUACUGAAGGCAAGGAGUUCAGUAUACCACUAAAAGAACAAGGAGCAGCAAGAAGCAUUAGAUGAUAAUCGGAAACAGUAGCUUUAUGUAGUGCUGACAAUAGAUUUUUUAGGCUAUGAAAGUAGAUUUGUCAUGUGUGGAUAGUACCUUUAUGUUGUUU